CAGCUUUACGCACGUUGUAUUUAAGAGCGUACGCGUGUGCGUAAAUAACCAAACCGUGCGCUCGGUCGCAGCUGGUUGUUUUGAGACGCAACGUCUUCUCUAAGGGAUUAGAGUUCCUUCGUCGUGCCUGGAGAACAAUGAGGAAAACACAUAGAAGCGAGAAGUAGUGUUUCCCGUCUUGUCUUUCUUAUUGUCUGUUGUUUUUUAGUGAGAAAUGUUAAGGGAGUUGGUGUGCGGCGCUGUGGCUCUGCUCCUGUACGUCAACACGCUAGACGCGGAUUUCUGCUACGAUGACAGUCGUGCUAUCAAAACAAAUCCAGAUCUCCUGCCUGAGACACCUUGGACCAACAUACUGUACAGCGACUUUUGGGGAACUCUGCUCACUCACAGUGGCAGCCACAAGUCCUUCCGUCCGCUCUGCACACUGUCUUUCCGCCUCAACUAUGCUUUGGGUGGCCUGGAGCCACGAGGCUACCACUUAUUCAAUGUCGGACUGCACUGCUGUGUCACAGCACUGUUCACUGCCCUUUGUGGCCUCCUGCUAGCCGGAGAACCCUGGAGUCUGCUGGCUGGACUCCUCUUUGCCUCGCACCCAGUGCAUACAGAGGCUGUGGCGGGACUUGUAGGACGUGCAGAUAUGGGAGCUGCCCUGUGCUUUCUACUCUCGCUUCUCUGCUACAGAUGUCACUGCAGGCUUCGGCCACAUGCUGGAAAUUCAUGGUGCGUGAGGUGGAGAGUGCAGGCAUGGCUGGCUGGUAGCCUGAUUGCUGCAACAGCAGCCAUGUUGUGGAAGGAGCAAGGGGUGACCGUCCUGGCCGUAUCAGCGGUCUAUGACAUUUUUGUGGUCCACCGCAUGCAACUUCGUCAUGUGCUAACAGUCUUCCUUAAGAGGAGAAAUGCAGCUCUACUAGUAAGCCUGGCUUGGCUGGCUGGUUGGGGAACAGUCCUGUUGGCAGCUCGACUGUACUGGAUGGGUUGCAAGGCCCCACACUUCUCCAACUCCGACAACCCAGCAGCUGAUUCACCUCAUCUCCUCACCAGAACUCUUACCUUCCUCUACCUGCCAUCUGUCAAUGCCUGGCUCCUCCUCUGUCCACACACCCUUAGCUUUGAUUGGUCUAUGGAUGCUAUACCUCUACUCUCAAACAUUUCUGAUUGGAGGAACUUGUGCUCAUUGGCAUUUUACACAGGUCUUGUGCUGCUUGCUUGGUUUGGCUUAAGAAGCAAGAAUUCUGUCAUGUUCCAAAUAACCAAUGGAAAAUCGCAUAUCACGAAUGGAAAAGCUUUGUUUAAUGGGCACAGCCUGCAUUUUCCUGACAGCAUUGAUGAACACGACAACACCCACUACCAAAAUGGCUUAACCUCAUCAGAUGUUUUUGACCAGACCCAGAAUGGAUAUGCCAAACCCUUUCCUACUACUUCUCAAACUUCACUGCCAAUCCAAGAGAACAUAGUUAUCUUUUCUCUUGGUCUGCUGGCUUUGCCUUUUCUCCCUGCCACCAAUCUGUUCUUCUAUGUGGGCUUUGUGGUGGCUGAAAGGGUUCUCUACAUCCCCAGCAUGGGCUUCUGUCUACUGGUGACUCUUGGAAUAAGGGCCAUGUUUGUAAAAAUGAGGCAGAGAAGCUCUAGGGUACUGCUUUCAGGCUGUGCUGCUGGACUUGUUCUGCUCUACAGCCUCAGGACAGUGUCCAGGAACCAGGACUGGCAGAACGAAGAAGUGCUCUAUAGGUCUGGCAUCACUGUUAACCCUGCCAAAGCUUGGGGUAACCUUGGCAAUGUCUUGAAAAACCAGGGUAAGAUGGCAGAGGCAGAGAAAGCAUACAGAAAUGCCUUGUACUACCGUGGCAAUAUGGCUGACAUGCUGUACAACCUGGGUCUGUUGCUACAAGAGAGUGAUCGUUUGUCUGAGGCUCUGCAUUACUAUAAACUGGCCAUCCAAAUCAGACCGACUCUGGCAUCUGCAUAUUUGAACACUGGUAUUAUACUGGAGUCUGAGAGAAAUUUGGAGGAGGCUAAACGCUUAUUUCAGAAGUGUGCCAGCAUCCCAGAUGAGAACCUGAAGGACCCCUAUGCUCACAAAAGUGCAGUCACUAGCUGCCUGUACAAUCUUGGCAAGCUGCUUCAUGAACAGGGUCAGCAAGAGGACGCCCUGACCACUUAUAAAGAGGCAGUGAAGAAGAUGCCUCGUCAGUUUGCACCACAGAGCCUUUAUAACAUGAUGGGUGAAGCCUAUAUGAAACUGAAUAAGUUUGAGGAGGCAGAGCACUGGUACAAAGAGUCACUUAGGGCCAAACCAGAUCACGUCCCUGCCCACCUGACAUACGGCAAGUUGCUAUCUAUUACGGGUCGUAAAACAGAGGCAGAACAUUACUUCCUAAAGGCAAUACAGCUGGAGCCCACAAAGGGGACCUGUUAUAUGCACUAUGGUCAGUUUUUAGGGGAACAAUCUCGGUUAGAAGAAGCUGCUGUCAUGGCUGAGAAAGCUGCUGAACUGGACAGCACAGAAUUCGAUGCAGUUUUCAGCGCUGCUCACAUACUCAGACAGGCAAGUUUGAACGAAGCAGCAGAAAGGUAUUAUGGGAAGGCAGCAGCCAUUAGACCAGAUUAUGCUGCUGCUCUGAUGAACCUUGGGGCUAUCCUCCAUCUGAAUGGAAAGUUUGUUGAGGCCGAGACCAACUACUUGCGUGCGCUGCAGCUCAGACCCGACGAUAUGAUCACGCAGUCCAACUUGCGCAAACUCUGGAAUGUCAUGCACAGACGAGGCCUGAAGAUCGUGGGGUCAUGACCAUAUUUUCUAUCGCAGACUCUGUAAAGCUGAUACAUACAACUGUGAGGAUUUGAGUAUUUGAGCCUCUGGUGUUUACAGAAUUUUAGCACCACAGCACUGGUUUAGAGCAGAAAGAGAUUUCAUGAGUCACUGUGUGAACACUAAUGUUGUGCUAGAAAUAAACAGGUCGAUAAUCAGAGAAUCACACAACUUUAUGAACGAGCAGAACCAGUAUUAGUGUGUUUCAAAGGGCACCUAAUUCCCCUCGAACCUACAGUGUGGUGUAUGCACCGCAAAAACAAGUGUGUCAGUUAUGAAUUGUUAUUGUGGAAAUGAAUUUACAUUACUGAAGUUUGAACUGACUGAAGACCAUGAUGAAGUGAAAUUUUCUGAAGAGCUGACUCAAGAAGAAAAAUUCAGCAAAAUGAAAGAGUUAAUUAUUUGCAAGCGUCUUAUUAUGUAGUGUUUUGUAAAAUAAAUUGUUAAUUUAUUACA